AGAAUUGACCUACAAGGAUCUAGUUGGCUUUAGAGUGGCUGUGCAUUGAUCUAGAAUGGCUGUUUGUGUGGAUAUGGAUAGAUCUAGAAUGGAACUGCCUCAAUCAAAAUGAAUCUAGCCUGAAUUUACAUGGAUUUAGUUGGGCAAUCAUGCAUCUAGAAUGGAUCUGCAAUGCAUGCAGGUGGUGACGCUCAAGUCUACAUGUGUCUGGAUGGAUCCAUCCUGCCCCCUCAUCCAUCAGACAUCCCAGCUCCAUGACAGGAAUCCAAAGCGAACCAUUGGGAUGGGUGAGGUUGGACUUUGUCAAUAGGUGUUUGAUAAAGGAGGGGAAUAUCCUUAAUGACACGGGUUCGUGGAGAACAGGCUAUGUUCAGUGACCCUGCUGUCAUCCUUGAGGUCUGGUAAGAGUUUGGUAAUAUCUGCAGAGGACACAGAGGUUGGUGGUAAAGAACAGGGAGGAUGUCUCAUGGCUACAGACCUAUCUGGGUGGCCUGGUGAGCUGGGCUCAAUUAAACGUGGUGGAAACUGACCCAGCAUGAGCUCCCAACACUAAGCGGCAGUCACCAUCCAUGGGAAUAUAAACCAGGGGAUAUCUAGUAGGAGCAGGGGGAGGGGGUCACCUCUGGACAUGGCCUUGGUAAGACUGUGCCAGGAGACUAUAUCCAGCUCUGGUGUCCACCCCUCAAACAGGACGUUGGCAAGUUGGAAGGAGCAACCAGAGCAAGUCAAGAUCUGGAGACCUGGCCUGGGGGGAGAGCUCCAAGGGGAUUGAUCUCCUGAGGUGAUCGGAGGCAAAGAGGGGACUCGGCCCUCAUCUGUAGGAACCUCGGUGGGGUGGGGGUUUCUGUGCACAGGGGGCUCUUCGACCUCCCUGGCCAAAGCGGGACGAGACUAGGCGGCCAGCAGCAGAAGUCAGCGAAGGUCCAGUUGGUGCUAAGGUGCAAAUGCUGGCUUUGAAAUGGAGAGGCCAGGGAAUCUAGGUGCAGAAAACCCCAAGUCCAUUUCUCACACUUAUAGCGGGGCGGCGGGGGGGGGGGGGGGCAGCAUUAAUCACAUCCCCAGCCAGGCUGGCUGGGCACCAGAAGCAGGGAGGAAACCCCUCCCCCCGACGUGGGCGUGGCUGUGACUUCUCCCACGGGCAUUUCCACCCAUGGCCCAUCCAGGCGGGGGUUUCCAGGCAACCGGGUACAUGCCUUUGUGGUUGCCAGGCCCUGCCCUCCCCUCCCCUCCCCUGGCCUCGUCCAUAUAACCUCCACGGCUGAGGCAGAUGCUUCAUGCCUGUCCCUCAUUGGCUCUGAGGAUGCAGCUCUUGAUCCUGGUCCUACUCCCUGCGGCCUUUCUCCUGCCCCCUAGGGCUCAGGCUGGUGAGGACAGAGGGGAGAUCAUUGGGGGAUGGGAAGCCCGGCCCCACUCCAGACCCUACAUGGCCUAUGUGAAAAUAGCAACGCGGAGAGGGAGGAAAACAUGUGGGGGGUUCCUGAUUCGGGACGACGUGGUGUUGACGGCGGCUCACUGUAACGACGAGGAGGGACACAUCACCGUCUCCCUGGGAGUCCAUGACCUUAGACUGCGGGAAUGGAGCCAACAAGAAAUCCCUGUGCUUCGCCGGAUCCCCCACCCGGAAUAUGACAUGCAUUCCCUUAACAACGACAUCAUGCUGCUGCAGCUGGUGCACCGAGCAAGGCUGAACGAAUGCGUGGGGCUCAUCUCCUUGCCCAGCGCCUGGCAGGGCAUAUGCCCCGGGGCCAUGUGCAGCGUUGCUGGCUGGGGUCGGACGAGCGCCCGCAGGGCAAAGGGCUCACACGUUCUCCGGGAGGUGGACAUGCCGGUGCUGGAGGAUUACGUGUGUCUGAAGAAUCCUGACCAGAUCUAUCAUUACUAUAACGCCUCCACCAUGCUUUGUGCAGGGGAUCCGAAACAGGCCAAAGACUCCUUUAAGGGUGACUCCGGGGGCCCCCUGGUGUGCAGCAAAAUAGCCCAGGGCAUCGUCUCUUGGGGCUCCCUCAAUGGGACCCCCCCUGGGGUGUACACCAGAAUCUCCAGAUUCGUCCCCUGGAUCCUGGAGACCAUGAGAAUGCUGCAGCCCUGAGCCCUGCUGGGAAUUCCUGCUCGUGUUGCAACUGGGCCUCUGGAGAUGCCCCGACAUAGGAUCCACUUUGCAAAGGGCCUGCGCCCCCCGCAUCCCCACCCCUGCUGUCAGGCAUUGCUCUGCUCAGGGGAGCCAUGGGCAGCACUCAACCCAUUAGCACCAAGGCCGGGUGCCUAGAGGAGUUAGGAGCCAGGUUAAAGUCCAGCUCCUGUCGGCUCCCUUAGCAAGCCCAACCUAGGCUCUCAAGCUAGGGAAGCAGGUGGUUUGUCUCCGAGCCGAACCCUGGGGCUCACCUGGUGGUUUGUACCUCACCCCCAUGUCAGCCAGUCAAGUGACGGUUCGGGGGAGAUCCUCGUCCUUACCCUGCCAGCUGAGUCAUAUUGGAACCACACCCGGCCCUGUCCGUGCUCGGUCCGUGCUCGGGCUGUUCUCCGUGUUCGUUUCCCCGGGCUGGCCACCUCCCGUUCCAAACCCGGCUGGUCCCAGUACCACCGAGGCCCCCGGGAGAUCGUCGACGGGAACUCCGCCCUAGCACCCGUAGCCGCUUUCCAGCAGCCCCGCCCUGCUGCGCAUCCACGCUCACUGCGCUCGCCUGGCUAUGAAUAGAAUAA